AUGACGUUCGUUUAUCUAGUGGGAACCCACGCUGACAGGUUGACCGCGGGACAGAUAGAAGGGAAGACCCGAGACAUCAAAGAUCGUGUGGUGAAGUACAUUGAAGAAAGAAGGAAGCACCUGCACUCGCAGAUUGAGGAGGUAGAAACACAGCUUGUCAAAGCAAGGGACGAGGCAGAGUAUGUCAUGAGGCCUUAUGCAAGCAGAAAACUAGAGCAACUACAGCGCAAGGUAGAAAAGCUUCGGUGCAAAUUGGAUAGUGGUCUGAAGUUUGUGAAGAAUGGUGACGUGGCAGUAGUGAGUUCUAAAGACAUGUCCGGCAUCAGCGACUUGAAAACAGAUGUAUUCAAAAUCUCAGUCGACAAGGAUCUGUUCCCGAGCGCUCAUUCUACCCUGCCCAGGUCAUGGAUCAACAUGGAGAAACUGCUUAAGUUAGAAGGGGAGAAGUCCAGCAAUAUCAGCCUCUCGUGGGAGGAGUGUGUGCAUCUCGGGUCAAAGCUUGAUCUAGAUUCGAACGGAAUGGAAGCUGUGAUGGGCUACCUUCACAAAACCGGCUCCGUCCUACACUACAGGGGCGACGUCCUCCAGAACGUUGUGUUUCCUGACCCUACUCAACUCAUCACGCUUCUCAAGUUGAUUUUUGACCACGACCAAGAACGCCUUCUUGGCGCCUUAAGACAGAACUCUAAACUGUCGGCGGAGGAUUUCAGCAUCGUGAAGAACAAUUUCGUACGUCGCGCAAUUCUACCGAAGGGUGUACUCCUCAAACAUUUUAGUAAGAACAAAACAACGACAGAUGACUUCGAGACCACCAUCAAGGUGCUGGAGAUAUUUGGUAUCACCCAUGUCGUGCCGUCACCGCCCAAGGGUACCGCUGGAACCGCCUUUCUGACGCCGGGAGAGGUGUACUACAGGUUCCCUUGGUUCUUGCCGAAGUCGCCCGGCACGCCGCCGCACGUGAAGCGAUGCUGGCCGACACGAGUGCCCACCGAAAUGGAACAGAUUGGAGUAGAGUUCAGCAUAGAAGGGAAGGAACCGACCGGUCUGUUUGAAAGACUGUGUGCUCAACUUCCACCACAUUUGUGUCCAGGAAACGACUGGUCAGACGGCACCCUGUCUUACCUUGGAGAACAGCCCGUCUUGGUCCGUCGAAAAACGAUCGACAAUGGAGUGAAGAUCAUGAUUUCAGGACGCGCUGUCUCAGACAAGAUUGACGACAUGUGGCUGUACGCCAUCAUACCGAUUGUGGAGAAAACAAAGCUCCUGCUGAAGGAAUGGUCUCGCUCCUGUUGGACAUGCAGUAUUCCAUGCCCACAUUGUACCAAGGCCGGUCUGAAGCGGCUCGGUUAUUUCAGUGCUGGCCUGCUAUGGGAGGAGAGACCCGACAAGCCAGCUAAGUUACAGUGUCCGAGACCGCGAGAUCGCUCCAGCAAAGCUACCCCGGCGUCUCUGAUGACUAUGUUGGUCUACCCACCUAAAGCAGUCAUCUAA